ACAGUUUCUUCUGAAAACACUCAAGAGUAUGAAACAACUCCACAACUAGAUACCACCAAAACCACAGAUGGUUCGGAUGAUACAACUCCCUCAACAACAUCGACUGAAAGUUAUCCGACUUCGGGUUCAACAACAACAGAACACACCACGAUAUCUUCUGAAACCGUAACUCAAAAUCAUGAAACAACCACCUCAAUAUCCACUGAAACCCCAUCGGUAGAUUACGAAACGACUAUACAUGAAGAUAUUGAUAUUACAGCGACGACUGAUAGUGACACGUUUCCACCAGUUACAACAGAAGGUUACACAGUUUCAUCUUCUGAAACACCAACAGAAGACUAUCAAACAAAUCCACAAACUGUCACAACAGAAAAAUCAAUUACUGACAGUACAACCAUCGAGUCUACCACCGGACCUUCUUUAAGUACAAUCGAAUCAAAUACCAAUCCAGAUCAAUCAAUAACUUCAAAUGGUCCUGAUGAUAAUCAAACAACAGAAGCUCCUUUAUCAACAGAACAGGUACCGAUAACUAUAAGCUACCCAACAGUACCUUCGGAGUCAAACACGCCACCUAUUGUUACAACAGAUAGUGGAACAAAACCAACUGAAGAUACGACAACACCUUCAGAAAUAACAUCAGAGUAUUUUACAACUACAACUGAAAGCACAACAGUAGAUUCCGAUGUGACUACUGAUAAAUUGGAGUCAACUACAGGUAACCCAUCUUUGGAUAUUUGUCCUCCAGGGACUUUCGAAAAUAUUCCACAUCCAGAACUCUGCAAUUCAUUCUACAUGUGUGCAGGUGGUAUUCCUAUACAAUUGUUCUGUAGUGACGGAUUCGAAUUUGAUCCUGCUAUACGGCAAUGUGUUGUUAUCUCGGACAAUGGCUGUACUGCGAUGCAGGGCAGAUCAACAACAACAGAAGAUAUUUCGACAACCAUCGCAACCGAUAGAACAACUAAAGAUUUCAAAACAACCGUACACAUUGAAAUGACUACAAAAUCUGAUGACACAACUGAAUAUCAACCGUCAACUAUAACUGACAAUGAAACCGAACAGUCAACAACUUUAAAAGAAAUCACCACAGAAACAACACGGACAUCAGAACAUUCAACAACUCGGACAUCAGAUUACACGGUCCCAAAUGAUAAACUUACAACUUUUAAUCCUACUCAGACAGAGGAAAUAAGUACAACAGAUAUCCAAGAUCCCGAAACAACAACAAGACCAAGUGACACAACAUUGAAACAUGAAACAACUGAGACACCAGAUGACUUAACAACUGUAUCAUAUGAUACUACAACAGGAGUUGUAGAUAUAACAACAGAUGAUCCUAAUAAAUCUACAAUAAUACCAGGAGUGUGCCCUGAAGGCUUCUUUGGGAAUAUACCACAUCCAGAACUGUGCAAUUCGUUCUUCAUGUGUACAGGUGGAAUUGCUAUUCAAUUAUUUUGUAGCAAUGGCUUUGAAUUCGAUGAAAAACUUGCAUUUUGUGUUCCAAUAACUGAAAACGGAUGUACUGCUUCAAAGGGACAACAGACAACUGAGUCUUUUACUGAAGAUUAUACGAACACGUUGGCGACUAAUGAAAAUACCCUUUCAACUAAUUUUGAUAUUUCAACUACUCCAUCCGACAACGAUAUUUCUACAAGUAGUGGGUCUAAUGAAGCAAGUACAGUUAACGAGCAAAGUACAACAGAAACUCUCCAAUCAUCAACAGAUUCAGAUACUACAAAAUUACCAGAACUUUCAACAAUGUUUUCUUCAACUUCGGAAGACAUAUUUGAAACAACUAAAGUACCAGGCACACAUAAAACAACUGAAGAUUCCACAGAUACGACUUUAAAAAUAGAAUCAACAGUACAAGACAUAACAUUUAAAACUACAGAUGUUUUUGAAGAGACAACCGUUAAUACAGAGUACACUAAGACAUCAACAGAAAUAUUCAACGACACAACAACAGCUAACACUGUAGAAUUCAGUACAACUACGAUACAAACAAGUAUAAAAACAGAUGGAACUUCAACAAUUUCGUCUACAGAUACUACUAGUGGCUCUGAAAUAACUACUGAGAAAACAGCGUUGUGUCCCGAUGGAUAUUUUGGCAAUAUACCACAUCCUGUAUAUUGUAAUUCCUUCUUUUUGUGUACUGGAGGUAUUGCUGUUCAACUAUUCUGUCGUGACGGUUAUGAGUACAACGAAAAUGUAGCUUACUGCGUCCCAAUUUCAGAUAAUGGAUGUACAGCUUCAAGAGGUACUACUACAAGUUUGUAUACGGAAUCUACAGAGUAUACAGUAUUUCCAGGACACUCAACAGAUACAGUGUAUGAGACGACAAGUGAAAUUAUUGAAACUACCACAUCAAACGAACAAGAAACAAAAUCUACUAGUAUUGUUACUGAUUCGGGACAAACUGAUUCAACCACAAAAGAUUUAGGAACAACUAUAGGCGAAGACGUUAAAGAGACCACAAAUGAUAUAAUAACCUCAACAGCAGAGUCAAAUACUGAAAGUACAUUGCUUACUAAUGAGCCACAAACUACUGAUAAGUAUACAACAACGGGAAAGGAAAUUACAACGAUACAAGAUACACAAACAACUUUAGACUUUAGUCAAUCAACUACAAGUAACUCAGAAGUAUCUACUGAAUAUGCAAUCACAGAGCCGACAAGUGUAGAGACAAUAUCUACUUCAGAUUGGAUUGUAACAGAUUCACCACAGUCUACAGUUGAAGAAGCGGAAACAUCUGCUCAAACAACAAAUAAUGAGCCAUUAGAAACAACUACAGAAAUAUACAGACCAGAUUUGACAUCUACAACACAAAUAACACCAAAUGUUUGUCCACCGGGUGUAUUUGGAAAUGUUCCUCACCCUACUCUAUGUGAUUCGUUUUACUUAUGCACAGGCGGUAUCCCCAUACAACUAUUCUGUAGUAGUGGUUUCGAAUUCAGCCCUGAAAUAGGUUCUUGCGUGCCUAUAUCUGAAAAUGGGUGUACAGCAUUAAGAGGAACAACAACUGAAAUGAAUACAGAAUUUGAUUCAACUACAAGCGGUGAUAAAUUAACCUCUAUUACUGCAGAAACCAGUCCAGAUGAGACUCAGACAUUGUCUUCGAGUUCCACUCAGGAGAAUGAUGUAACACAAACAUCCCAGUAUAGUGAUACCACGUCAGAAAGAGAUGAAACUGAAUACACAACAAAAAUAACGGACAUCACUUGUGAUGAUAAUGAUAGUACGUAUCCUGUAACAAAAGACCCACAAUCUACCUACAAAACAACUGAAGAUCAAAUGUCUACAGAAAAUGAUUUAACAACUUUAGACAAUUCCGAGAGUGACUCGACUUAUAUAGUCACUAAACCACCUGCUACAGUAUCUACUACUGUUAGAAUAACAACAAAGGAUGACUUGGAAAGAGACACAACAGUGAGCCUUGAUUCGACAACAUCGAAGACUGUUACGGAACAAACUAGUUCAUCAAUUUCGUCUUCUACUUCUUAUUCUACACCUGAGAGUUCACAGUCAAGUACAGUUGAUUCACAAACUACAACAAAUAAUGAUGUAACUUCUAAUGAAGAAACAACAUUCCAAACAAAGACAAGUGAAGAUGAAUCAACAAAACCCACACAGACUACAAGACAUGUGGAAGUACCAACAGAAAAAACUACAGAACAAGAGGAGUCAACGACAAACUUCUCACCGACUACAGAUGAUAAUUUAGUAUCAAGUGAAACAGGAGUGUACACAACUCCCACAAGUAUAAGCUCCACAACUACAGUAAAGAAUACUGAAACUACAACCCAGGCAGCAAUCUGUCCGCCCGGAGUGUUCGGAAAUGUUCCUCAUCCAACUUUGUGCGAUUCAUUUUAUUUCUGCACCGGCGGAGUUCCAAUACAACUAUUUUGUAGCAAUGGAUUUGAAUUCGACCCUGAUAUUGGACACUGCGUUCCAGUUUCUGAUAGUGGCUGUACAGCAAUGAGAGGUACGACUACUAAUUCUAAUGACUACACAACUGUUCAGUUUACAACUGAAAGUAGUUCUAGUUAUCCUGACGGGAUUGCAAUCACAACAUCAACUACUGGAUUAACAAGUGAUGCAAUUGAUUCCGAAACAACUACAGAACAAAGUAAUACUUCAGAAGAUUCGAUAGUGAACACAGAUACGACAAUAUCUGAAAUUAUUACAGAACCAUCUCUACCAACUUCGUCUACUCCCUCGUCUUCAAUUCUUGAUGAUAUUUCGACAACUGACAACUUACAAACGAGUACCUUUAAUUCACAAACGACAACAAAUAACGAUGUAACUUCUAAUGAGGAAACGACAUUCCAAACACAGACAAGUGAAGAUGAGUCAACAACAAACCAGAGCACAGACGAUAGUGAAAUUUCGAUAGAGACUACGAAACCCACAGAUGUAUCUACAGAAAUAUAUACAACAGAUGAAAUCAGUUCUACAACGACAAGCAGUACGGAAGUAACAUCGGAGACUCCAAUAUGUCCGCCAGGAGUUUUUGGCAAUAUUCCUCAUCCAACUUUGUGCGAUUCGUUUUAUUUCUGCACCGGUGGAGUUCCAAUACAACUAUUUUGUAGUUAUGGAUUUGAAUUUGAUGCUGCCGUUGGUCACUGCGUCCCAGUUACUGAUAGUGGUUGCACGGCGAUGAGAGGUACAACAACUGUAGACGAGUCGUCGACCACAAAUGAAGAAUAUACCAAAUUCAGUACUGAAACUAGUGCUAGCAACUCUCCAGAAAUGUCAAGUACAACAUCAAAUUCUGGAAUAACAACCGAAUCAGAUAAUUUAGGACAAACCACUCAACAAAAUGUUGUCACCUCAGACAGUGAAACAACAGUUAACUCUGAUUCGACAAUAUUUGAAGUAACUACUAUUAAAGACACCACAACUGAAGGUUUAUCAUCAACUACACAAGAACCAACAACUUCUAGUGAAGAAUUAAAGACGACAACCGAUAAUUCACAAUACACAUCUCCAGAUAGCACACAACCUGUAGAUACGUCUACUGAGUUGUCUUCGACUUCUAAUGAUGGGUACAGCUCUGAAGGACUAACUGUUACAACCGAAGACGUUCAAACUACUAUAAGGUAUACUGAAACUACAACAGUGGCACCUAUCUGUCCGCCAGGAGUGUUCGGAAAUGUUCCUCAUCCAACUAUGUGCGAUUCAUUUUAUUUCUGCACCGGUGGAAUUCCAAUUCAACUAUUUUGCAGCAAUGGAUUUGAAUUCGAUCCAACCCUUGCCCAAUGCGUAGCAAUAUCUGAAAACGGCUGCACAGCAAUGAAAGGUAUGACUACAACCGGUUCUAAUAGCGAAUCAACCACAGAUAAGGAAUAUACCCAGCCCACAGUAGAAAGUAGUUCAAGUAAUUCCGAGGCGACACAAAGUCCUGGUUUUACCACUGAAGUGAUUGAUGCAGAUCGAACAACUAAACAAACUACUUCAGAAGUUGAUACAACAAUGAAUGAUGAUGCCACGACAUUAGAAAUUGUUACCAAACCAGAUGCUUCACAAACUUCUGCUACGUCUACUUCUGAUGUUACGUUACCUGAUAGUUCACAAUCAAGUACAGUUAAUUUACAGACAACAUCAAAUAACGAUGUAACAGCUAAUGAACGAACGACAAAUGAAGGAGAGGAAUCAACAACAAUCACUCAGACAGAAGAUGACGGUGAAACAACACCAGAGGCUGGUAAUAGUAUUUCUACAACUGACUCACAAUCAAGUACAGUUAAUAACGAUGUAACUUCUAGUGAUCAGACUUCAUUCCCAACAAUAACAAAUGAAGAGCAUGAGUCUACGACAACUUCUGUGACUACCGACGAUAAUGAAACGUCAACGGAUACUACACUAUCCAAAGAUACAUCCACAGAAAUAUAUACAACUAUAGCAAAUGAUAUCAGUUCUACAACAGCAAGAAGUACCGAACCCACAUCGGAAACUCCAAUAUGUCCGCCGGGAGUAUUCGGAAAUAUUCCUCAUCCAACUCUGUGUGAUUCAUUUUACUUAUGCACAGGAGGAAUUCCAAUACAACUAUUCUGUAGUAAUGGAUUCGAAUUUGAUCCUGGAUUUGGACAGUGUGUUCCCAUUUCGGACAGUGGCUGCACAGCACUAAAAGGUCUCACCACAACGACAACGAGUCCUGAUAUAACAACCAAAGUAGUUGAUUUAGAACAGAGUACUAACCAAGACAAUACUAAUCCAGAAGAUAUUACUAUGCAAACAGAUCCAACGAAUUUCGAAUCAACUUCUGUGACUGAUUCUGAAAGUACAGUUGUAAUUACAGAAAGUACAUCAGAAGGAAUUCACAAAUCAACUGAAAAUGUACUUACCACAAUUGUUAAUCCUCAAACAGUUGCUACGGACACAACAGAACAAACAUCAACAUCUCAAGAUAUUGUAACUACAGUUGAUUUAACUACUAAUGAAGAAACAACAUUAGACUUAACAACAUCAAAAGAAGUGACCACUAGAGAAGUUGAGUCUACGACUGAUAAUUCUCUGACCACAGAUAAUAGUCAAACAGAUUCUGUCAAAGUCACAGAUACAACUGAAACUGCAUAUUUAACUGAUGGAAUAACCUCUGAAGGUCUAACAUUAACAACUGAAGAGAUUCUUACUACAGUUAGAAGCAUAGAAACUACAACACAGGCAGCUAUUUGUCCUCCGGGUGCGUUCGGAAAUGUUCCUCAUCCAACUAAAUGCGAUGCUUUCUAUUUAUGUACAGGCGGACUUCCGAUUAAAUUGUACUGUAGUAGUGGUUUCGAAUUUGACUCUGCUGUUGGUAACUGUGUCCCUAUAUCGGAUACCGGUUGUAUUGCAAUGAAAGGAUCGUCUACAACUAGUUCUACAAGUCAAGAGCAAGAUUUGAUAACAAAAUCUACAUCAGAACAAACAACAACUGAAAUACCAAGUACAACUAUAGAUGAUAAAACUACGAAUGAAAUUAAUCCAUCAUCAAAGAUAACUACUGAAGAAGCAACUACUAGGGAAGAAGAAAGUACAACAGUUGUUUCAACUCCUGCUAAUGCUGAAGAAAAUUCAGAACGAACGUCUACAGAUUCUGAUAGAUUAACUACUGAAAGUGUCACAACAGAAAGAAUAGAUGCAACAACUGUAGCUCCAAUUUGUCCUCCCGGUAAAUUCGGAAAUGUACCACAUCCAGAUCAAUGUGAUUCAUUCUACAUGUGUGCUGGUGGUAUUGCAAUCCGAUUAUAUUGUAGUACAGGAUUUGAAUUCGAUAAGAAUGCAGAGCAAUGCGUGCCAAUAUCAGAAAACGGUUGUACGGCUCUAAAAGCGGGAACUACGACUUUAUCUGAAAACUCAGAAAAAUAUCAAACAACUAUAGAAGAAGAAGGAGAGACAACAUCUAGUUUAUUGGAAACAAAGCCAGAGCUAACAACGAAAGAUCUAGAUGUAACUCCAGAUUUAUCCACAACAGAAAGUACCGUUAAAUUAGAAACGACUACGGAGGCAGCGUUAUGUCCGCCAGGUUACUUCGGCAAUGUACCGCAUCCGACGCAAUGCAAUUCAUUCUACAUGUGCACUGGAGGUUUCCCCAUACAUCUGUACUGUAGUGCCGGCUUCGAAUUUGAUCCCAAUGUUGCACAAUGUGUCGCUAUAUCUGACUACGGUUGUACAGCAAAGGGUCAUUAAAUAAAUAGAUAUAUAUAUAUACAAAAUGAGAACGACAGUAUUAAAACAAAGGCUGUGUUUUAUUUAUUUUAUUCUAUAUUCGCCUGCUUUUUUAUACACUUUGGAUGUAUAAAGUCAACUGGGAUGUGAAGAGUUGCAAGUAGAAUGGACAAAGCAUUGGCAGUCGUGAAAUAAAGACCGUACCGAAUA